AUGAAGCCAUCUCCUCGUCAAGCGGAGCCAUCACUCCGCCAAAGCAAGUACUAUAUCCAGGACAUACCCCCAGGACGACCUUAUACUUCAUCGAACCUCGAGAGUAAUCACAAUACCUACUUCGAGGACGCGAUACAUACUCGUCGAGAACCGGAGACCCUGCAUGAGUACGGUGCCGCUUUCAACCAGCGGUAUGGGGAUGCAAACGACUUCAGCCAAUGCCACAUGCCAAACAUGAGCCUCAAUCCGGAGACCUUCUCGCAUGAUCCACACUCUUCCGAGGCAGCUCCGCGAUUCGCCGCUCGGAACGACAACAAACAUCUACGUGGCGUCGAGAAAUACGCUGAAUUACCUAGUCCAAACAUUCAAAAUCGAGAGCGGGGGAGAGGAGAAGGGUAUCUCUCAGAACAAGGAUCUCACCUGAAUAACAUGCAUCGCAGAUCUAUAUCUCUCACAAGCCCUGCAAUCAAGCCCAUGCAGUUGUUAACAUAUCCUUCUUCAAGACACAGUAGCGCACCACCGCAGGCGGCGGGGCAGUCAAGUUUCGCUCCUUUCGGUCACCAUUUCAACACUUCAGAAGAUGCGAAAAGACACCGUCAUAUCACGAUGCGUUUUGACCGGCAUGCGUACGAUGAGAAUGAUGAGUCUAUCACCCUAGUUGAGGCUAAUCGCCAAAGGCACGUGGAGCGUAUCUACAACGCCAUGACCCGUGGUGAUCUUGCGAGGGACAACGUAGGGUCGACUGCAAUGAAGAGAUGGACUCGUGAGCCGCACUACGCAUCUGAUUUGGUAGAGGCCUACGCCCACAAGGUGUUUGAUUGUUUGCUCGAGCAAGCCAAGGAAGGCUUUCGUGGUUGGCACCACAAUGACUACGUGGCUGAUGACCGCAAGGGCGAAGACGAAGACCGAGACGUCAACUGCGCUGGACGUUUAGACAAUGUCAUCACCGCGCUUGAACAAGAGAAGACAAUCUGUGAGGACGUUAUGAACUCUGCCUGUCAGAUCCGCAUGUUCGUCAACGCACCAAAGGCAUACUCCAACCGAAAGCAUCAGAACCGCGUCGGCAAUAGCAAAAGGCCAGGAGCAAAAGCCAAUGCGCUCGACCCGAAUCCGAGAGCCUCGAAAUUGCGAAAGACUGGGGGCAGGGGCAGCAGAGCUCGUUCAUCAACGACAUCUGAUAUUCCGGCAUCGGCCAAACAGAGUCCAUGUGAGCUCGCCAAACUGCCAUACUUCACAAACCCGUCCUUGAAGCGUAUUUCCUCAAGCUCUCCGUUGGGAGACUUUCUUGCGCCUCCAGGAGUACCUGUACACCAGCCCAUAUCACGCUCACAUCGGAGCUCAUUUGGGGAGCAUCAAGUGAGCACUAUGUCACUAUCUUCAACGCUUCCGUUAGCACAAUCCUACGGCCUACAGCAGCCAAACACCGCCCACAUCAUGGCAAUGCCACCAGCGUUGUUGUCGCCGUUUAUGUCGCCGCCAUCUCUCUCACACGGUCACUUCUCAGCACCUGCUACGCCUGAUGAGGUGAAGCCUUUGGAUGGGAACAUACUUUUAAGUCCAUGGCAACACGCGGAUACCUUCGGCGAGUCACCUUGCACGACCUUCCAGAGACCCGGCAAUCCAGAAGAUUCGCUCUUCACCCAGGUCAUAGAUUGGUCACAGGAUGUUUCAGCCUUUACACCCUUUACAUCUUGCACUGCGACGGAAAGCGCGAACUACUUCGAGCAUCAUCCUGAGGCGGGAGUUUCCCUUGCGGAUGUGGAACAGCUGCCGUCAAACCAGGCCGGCAACAGCGAACAUGAUACAGAAUUCUCAGCCUUCUGGCAACAGCAGCAGGAGGUGCAGCCCUUCCCAAACAACGACCCCCAUUCGAAUUACCCGGAUCAGUCGUAA